CGGCGAGAGCGCCGCCGCCCCCUCCGCCGCCGCCAUGCUGCUCCUCCGAAGCCACCUCCUCCCUCGCCUCCGCGCAGCUACACAGCUCCCGUCCCCUACGCACCACCGCGCCUGCCACCUCUCCGCCUCCGCCUCCUCCUCUGCAUCCGCCGCCCCAUUCUGCCUCGAGGAGUACCUCGUCGCCGCCUGUGGCCUCGCCCCAGCACAAGCCCGCAAGACAGCUAAGAAGGCGGUUGAUCAAGCAUCCAAAGAUGGUAACAAGAAGGCAUUCGGGGAGCUACGCUGGUCCCGCCUCAACUCCGCCUCCAACCCUAACGCCGUCCUCGCCCUGCUCUCUGGCGUGGGCCUCUCCGGCGCCGAUAUCGCCGCCGUCGUCGCUGCGGACCCGCUGCUCCUCCGCUCCUCGGUGAAGAACGUCAGCCCUCGCCUCCUCGCCCUUCGCAACUGCCUCGGUCUGUCCGCUCCCCAGAUCGUUCGCUUCCUCCUGGUCGGCUCACGCGCCCUCCGCUGCUCCGAUAUCGUUCCCAAGCUGGAGUUCUUCAUCUCCCUCUUUGGCUCAUUUGAGCGGCUCCUCGUGAUCCUGAAGAAGAACUGCAGCAUCCUAUCUUCGAAUAUCGAGAGGGUGAUCAAGCCUAACAUCGCCUUGCUUUGCCAGUGCGGUCUAAGUGUUCGAGAUAUUGCCCACGUGUGUUCACGCAGUGUGCGGUUGCUUUCCUUCAGGCCAGACCGUGUCAACGAGAUCGUGCUACGCGUCGAGGAGCUUGGGGUGCACCACAGCUCGCGGAUGUUCAAGCACACAAUCAGAUCUGUCUCAUAUGUCAGCAAAGAGAAGUUUGCUGCCAGGCUCGAACUUUUGAAGAGUACUCUUGGUUGCACCGAGAGUGAAUUUGCAACUAUAGUGUCCAAGCAACCAGCUAUUCUUGGAUACUCUGAGGAGGGUCUUCUCCGCAAGAUUCAGUUCUGGAUCAAAGAGGUUGGAGUGGAGACUCAGUAUCUUGUUAAAAGGCCUACCAUGUUAUCAUACAGCCUAGAGAAGCGGCUACUGCCCCGGCAUUGUGUCAUGAAGGUCCUGCAGGAAAAGGGAUUGCUGAGUAGUAAAAUGUCCUUUUGCUCAUUUGCUCACAUUGGAGAGGAGACUUUCAAGUUGAAGUAUAUCGACUGUCACAAGGACUCUGUUCCUGGGCUUGCAGAUGCUUACGCCACAUCUAGUGCUGGUGUUGUGCCCUUUGGAAUCAAAUUAUAACAACUUAGAAUGUUCCAAUUCUUUUUGUAUUCUAGGCGGAUGGUAUAACUGCAACUCACGUUCAUUCGCAGUUGUCGAUGUUACAGGCAUCCUCAAUUUUUUUUUUUUUGGAAAGAAGUUCUCUAUUCUUCUUUCUGCAGUAGAACUAUUAGUGAUGUCUGAAUGCUCAUAGUAUGACUUUUAAGUUAUUCUGUCAAGGAUCUGGUUGGCUUAUUUUGGAGCCUUA